AUGGCGCGAGGAGGAGGGACAAACGGUUGGUCAGAUAUUCAACGAGAACUAUUGGAAGAGAUUCUACGAAAGUUAACAUUGGUGGAUUUCCUCAAGUGUCGACGAGUAUGCCGGUCUUGGCGACGCACAGUUGAUGAUGCUGUUGCAACCAAGGGAACAUGUCCCCAUGCUUCUCAAUUUCCAUUCCUGAUGUUACUUCCUUCUAAUUUAUUCAUCAACAAACCUGCAACCUUUUCUGCCACUCUGUCAGACAUCACACAAGAAGAAGACACCUCUUACACUAUCCCAACUCAAAAGUGUAAUUUUGAUUUUGAUGUGUUUCGUGUCCUUUCCGUGCAAGGAUGGUUGGUGUUCCAAAAGAUCUAUUGUAACAAAAACCAGAAUCAUGCUUUGCUUCUUUUGUUUUCCAAUCCAGUGUCGGGUGAAGAGUUUGAGCUCCCACAUUUGCCAUUGUUUUCAGGUCAGGAUUUGAGUCCUGUUCAUACUUCUGUUAAACUCGUGUUCUCUUCUGCACCACCAUAUUCCUCAGACUUUCUUGUGGUGGCUUGUGUUACUGUUACCUUCCAACUACGAGGAGAAGGAGGAUAUAGAUGGAUGCAACAGUUAGCUUUUUGCAAGGUCACUGAUAAGUCAUGGACUUUAAUUCCAAUUCCAACUGAUGAUGAAUCUCCACCCUUUCCUUUUCACGAGUUUGCAGUUCUGGAUUGGAAAUUAUAUGCUAUGAAUAUGUUUUUAUCUCAAUCAGGUUCUGUUACUGUUUUUAAUCUCAGAGACUCCACAUUUGUAAAGCUGGAACAAGAGCCAAUUCAAAAGCAAGGAGGAGCUUUCGUUGAGGGUAUGGAUUGGUCUGAGUUCAUAGUUAAUACGGAGACAUGUAUGUUGACAAGAGAUGGGGACCAUGAGAUCUUGUUAGUUCUUCAUCGUAAGAGAAGUAAUGAGACAAUAGGAUUUCGUGUGUUUAAACUUGAGAACAUGGGUGACACUAGAACUAGAUGGAUAGAGGUUGGUGACCUGGGAGAUCGAGUUUUGUUGAUGGAUUACACUGGAAUUCAAGUUAUCUCUAUCAAGGAAAUUAACCUUCCUGAAAAGUUGAAUGGAGGCAAUUGUGUUUUUUUCUGUAUUACAAAAGUUGAUCUUGGGGUUUUCUUUUUUAAGGACAAGAGAAUUACACGCUCCUUACAAGUAGGUGGGAGUCGAUUUUUGUGGUUUAUGCCUAGUCUUUGGUAG